UCUCUCUCAGUCAUCAUUGUUAAACAAUUGUAGCUCAUUUGAAUGAAUGGAAUUAUCAAUGAUUAAUCCGGUGGUCAUUAUCCGAUAUGAUAAUUAUCGUCAUACGUUCGUUCUUAUCAAAAACAAAACAAAAACAAAAACAUUCGUCAUAAUUCAUUCUGUAAAUUAUAUUUAACUCAAGCAAUGGAAACCUAGAUGGCAAUACUUUCGAUAUUCAUUCAAGAAUCCAGUUUUGUUUUGCUUUGUUUAGCUGUGAAUGAUUGAAUAUUAUCAUCAUUUCAGUUUGUUUUUUUUAUGUGUUGAUGCCAACAAUCUUGACUGACCGGUCCUCGAUGGUAGACUUCCAUCAUCACCAUAUCAUGACCUUUUCAUUGAAAUAUGAUUUCGUGUUGUUGUUGUUACUGUUCGAUUAGUUGAAAAGUGAUGUAUGUUGUUUGGGUUUUUUUUUGUCUAAAUUCAAAAACAUUUCAUAAUGACCAAUAUUAAACAAUCAUAUUCAAAUACAACAAUAUCCACACCGGUGAAAGAAAAUCUGUCAAAUACGAAUCCGUUAUCUGCCCGAUUUCAUUUUGAAUGGUGGCUUUGUUUUUCGAUUAUCAGCGUGUUGGCAUUCGUAACAAGAUUCUAUAAAAUAGCCGAACCUAAUCAUGUUUGCUGGGAUGAAACGCAUUUUGGUAAGAUGGCAAGUUGGUACAUUAAUCAUACCUUCUUUUUCGAUGUUCAUCCACCAUUAGGAAAGAUGCUCAUAGCAUUAGCUGGCCACUGGACGGGAUAUAAUGGGACAUUUCCUUUUAAUAAACCGGGUGAUAGUUAUGGUGAUUAUCCAAUACUUGGAAUGAGAAUUUUCUGCGCAGCACUGGGCACAAUGAUUGUUCCAUGUUCAUUUGUAAUCGUUUGGAAUCUAUCUCGAUCACUACCAGCAUCGAUAAUGGCAUCAACUCUAUUACUAUUUGAUAUCGGAAUGAUUAUUUUGUCCCAAUAUAUUUUAUUGGAUCCGGUUUUAAUGUGUUUUAUUAUCUGUUCAACGAUGGGUAUGACAAUGUUUCAUUCAUAUGCUGAUCGUCCAUUUCAAAAACCUUGGUGGUUUUGGCUCAGUUGGUCAGGAUUCUUUUUAGCUUGUGCCAUGAGUGUCAAAUUCGUUGGAUUAUUUGUCGUAUUAUUGGUCGGUAUAUUCACCAUCAAUGAUUUAUGGAACAUUUAUGGUGAUUUGAAUAAUUCGAUUCCGUUGGUUAUGAAACAUUUUCUGGCAAGAGUAUUAUGUUUGAUCAUACUUCCAAUUAUUGUUUACGUUUCAUUUUUCUGGUGUCAUUUGACCGUGCUAAAUCGAAGCGGUAGUGGUGAUGGUUUCUAUAGUUCAGCAUUUCAAUCAACACUGGAAGGUAAUUCAUUGUAUAACGCGUCAAUGCCACAAUAUGUUGCAUAUGGUGCUUCGCUAACAAUCAAAAAUCACCGAACCGGUGGUGCAUAUCUCCACUCACAUUGGCAUCUUUAUCCGGAAGGUGUUGGUGCUCGUCAACAACAGGUGACCACUUAUUCACAUAAAGAUGAUAACAACAAAUGGCGUAUCAAAAAAUAUAAUGAAGAAAGCUCGGAAAAUGCUGAACCUAUCGAAUAUGUCAAGAAUGGUGAUCUGAUUCGCCUGGAACAUCUGGUUACUGAACGAAACCUUCAUAGCCAUAAUGAAAUAGCUCCGAUUACGAAAAAACAUUUUCAAGUUACGUGUUAUGGUGAGAAAGGAGUCGGUGACGCGAAUGAUGUUUUUCGUAUUGAAUUCGAAACGGGUAAUACCGGGCAGCCAUUAGAAGCUGUGAAAACAAGAUUUAAAUUGAUUCAUUAUUUAAUGAAUUGUGCCAUUUAUUCGCAUAAUAAACAACUACCAAAAUGGGCAUUCGAACAACUUGAAGUAACAUGUACGCCUAAUGUUUUCGAUACAAAGAAUACUCUUUGGAAUGUUGAGGAUAAUCAUUUUGCACGUCUUCCAAACGUUAGCGUUAACGUUUAUGCUCCAUCAUUUUUGGAGAAAUUUCUUGAAUCUCAUGCUGUGAUGUUACAAGGAAACUCGGGUUUGAAACCAAAAGAAGGUGAAAUAACAUCUCGUCCAUGGCAAUGGCCUAUUAAUUAUCGGGGACAAUUUUUCUCCGGUAAUGAUUAUAAAAUAUAUCUACUUGGCAAUCCAAUCAUCUGGUGGCUCAACUUGUUGAUGUUAUUUUUCUAUCCAUUUAUCGUAUUGAUCAUCGUCAUACGACGCAAACGAUGCUGUGAUGAAAUUCCAUUGAUCGAGAAAGAAAACCAAAGAUUUUUGUCCGCAUCCAUUUGGAUAUUCAUCGGUUGGUGUCUACAUUAUUUUCCGUUCUAUGCAAUGGGUCGUGUCCUAUAUUUUCAUCACUAUUUUCCUGCUGCGAUAUUCAGCUCAAUGUUGACGGCCAUUAUUCUUGAUUAUCUAUUUAAUACAUUGCCCAUAUUGAUGUUGUAUAUUGUAUACCAUCGAAAGUCAACAGCCGAAAUCAUUGACCCCCGUUAUCAGAGCGCUCGGCUAGUAUUUCAUUUUAUAUACGGUACAUUCAUAUCAGCGAUUGCAUAUAGUUUUUAUCUAUUCUCACCAUUGGCUUAUGGCAUAAUACGAUUACUUACAUCUGUUACCAGUACAGGUAAUAGUUCUACUGGUUCAUCCAUAAUCAUAGCGGCAGGAGCAGCAAUUGGUUCUAAAAGUACAUUAUCCACCGAUGAUUUGAAUGCUGAUCAUAUUGAUUAUAGUAGUGAACAACAGAUGAAAAGCCUUCGUUGGAUGGAUUCCUGGGAAUUUUGAUUAUUAAUAUGACUAUGAUGAUGAUUAUGAACAUGUUUAUUAUGGAAUAUCACGCUCAAGCUGAAUAAAAAUGUUUGAACUCAAAUCAUCAUUAAUUAAUCAAUUGAAGCGAAUAUGAAUGGAG